GGAAGGCAGAGCCCAGCAAGGGGCGUGGCCCCGUCUGUCCCCAAGGGUGGAGCCAACCAACAGGGUCACCUGCCCCUUUAAGAGAAGGGGGAGAGCUAGCCCCUCUCAGCCAUCCCAUCCUGUCCUGUCAUCCAUCCCGGCCAAAUCCGAAAGGGAAAAUGAAAGAGGGACCAGGAGGAACAGGUCCCAGUCACCUACCCAACUCCCUCUCUCAGCUCUAACACCUCAGCUCUGGCCACCGGCGCCAUGGGGGAGUGGGCGUUCCUCGGCUCGUUGCUGGACGCCGUGCAGCUGCAGUCGCCGCUGGUGGGCCGCCUGUGGCUGGUGGUCAUGCUGAUCUUCCGCAUCCUGGUGCUGGCCACCGUGGGCGGCGCCGUGUUCGAGGACGAGCAGGAGGAGUUCGUGUGCAACACGUUGCAGCCGGGCUGUCGCCAGACCUGCUACGACCGCGCCUUCCCAGUCUCCCACUACCGCUUCUGGCUCUUCCACAUCCUGGGGCUCUCAGCGCCACCGGUGCUGUUCGUCAUCUACUCCAUGCACCAAGCCAGCAAGGCGCCGGGCGGCGCGGACGCCGAGGCGGCGGCGCGCUGUGCCCGGGCGCGCCCCGAGGGCCCGUGCGCGCCCUGCGCCCUGCGCGCCCGCCGCGCGCGCCUCUGCUACCUGCUCAGCGUGGCGCUGCGCCUGCUGGCCGAGCUGGCCUUCCUGGCCGGCCAGACGCUGCUCUACGGCUUCCGCGUGGCCCCGCACUUCGCGUGCGCCGGCCCGCCGUGCCCGCACACCGUGGACUGCUUCGUGAGCCGGCCCACCGAGAAGACCGUCUUCGUGGUCUUCUACUUCGCGGUGGGUCUGCUCUCGGCGCUGCUCAGCGUGGCCGAGCUGGGCCACCUGCUCUGGAAGGGCCGCCCGCGCGCUGGGGGCUCUGACCCCGCAGUCCAGCGCGACAACCUCUGCAACCUCGCGCACGAGGAGGCGGAGAAGCUGCUCCCGCCGCCGCCGCCAGCCCUGCCCUCCCGAUGCCCGGGCCCCGAGCCCGACGGCCCGCCAGCCUAUGCGCACCGGGCCCCGGCCGGCGACAGCGAGGGCGGCAGCAGCCGCAGCAAGACGUCUCUGGCCACUGUCCGCCAGGACCUGGCCAUCUAGAAGCAGGCAUGCCUUGGGAGGAAGGUGAGGUCAGAGGCCGGACCCUACCCGCCCUGCUCACGGCAGAAGGCAGAAGUGGCUUCUGCAAGGACAGUAUGCAGCCCCUGCCCGAACAGCACAGCAUCGGGUAGCAUCCUCACUUCCCGGAUGCUCCCAGUUGAGCUGGAGCCAUAGAAUGAACUAAGGCAGGUCCUUGGCACGGGGAUCCAGGGAGAAAGGAAGGAGGCCAUGGGGCUAGAGCAGGUGGAGAGGACAGAGCAGAGUAGAAAGCAGAAGUUCAGGUGGUGACUUGGGUACAGACAACUGUGAUGCCAGCAUCCCAAGAUUCUCCUGGUUCAAACUGUGUCCUCUGUGCAGGCUAUGUAUGUGCAUGCAUGUACACACAUGUGGUAUGUUCUGUGUGCGUGUGCACAUGCAAACCAGUGUGAGUUCUUUAUGGGCAUGCACACACUCAUAUCAUAUAUGCCGUGAGCUUUAGGUGUGCACGAGUACACACGUGUGCACCCUGUGUGAGCUGUGUGUGCACAUGCACACCCUGUGUGAAUUCUGCACAUGAAUGCAUCUGUGUGCAUGUGUGAGCUGUGUGUGUAUAUGAAAGAGAAAGAGAGAGAGAGAGAGUUCUCUGAUAGGCAUUGUGUGGGUGGCCAGGGCCCAGUGCCAGCAGCAGCCACAGUGGUUCCCAACCUCCCUGCAGAGGCAUCACAGGAAGGGGGGAGGCACCCUUCUCCCUGGGCAGCCUCAGUAUGGUAGGGCUUGUGGGCAUCGCCCACACUCAACCUGGUGGCCUGGGCACGGUGGCUGGGCCCUUUCAUAGGGUAGAGUAGGGGUGGGCCGUGGGGUCAGAGGGCAGGACUCUUCUCUAGCUUCACGCUCCUCACUCUGCUGCUAUUCCCCGCCAUAAACAUGCUUUAAGUCCUUUCCAUCCUCAGAAGAAACACCCCCAAAUUAUGCUCCUGGCCCUGCAUUUCCUUGCAGCCACCAACCUUUUUCCUCCUGGGCUAAUACAGAAUACAAAGAGCUGUCUGCAUGACAUCCAGGGGUCACCGCUGUAGAGUACCCUGGGCCUUAUAGACCCUGCUGAGCAGACUGCCGUGACCCACGCCUUCAGAUUUCCUCCUAUGUCCCUGGCCCUUUGUCCACUGUCUUCCUUCUUGCGCCUCUAUUCCUCAGCUUUCCUGUCUGCACUCCGCGGGCAGCUGGAGGGCUCAUUCGGAAUGGCCCAGCUACCUGUGCCCAUAGGUGCUCCCUUUUCCUCAGUCACCACACGUGGCUAGUGACAGCUGCAUUGAACAGGCAGAUCCAGGUGUGAGACUACAGUGGUGAACAGAACCUGCCCUGUGGAGCUUAUGUGCUGGUGGGGAAGGCAGAAGACAAAGACAGACUAUACCCCGGAUAGUGGGAGGCAUGGGGAGAGAGAGGGGCAUCCCCGAGAAGUGACACUGGAACAGAAUGUAGCAAGGGGCUAGCCCUGAAGCCAUCUCCAGGAAGAACAUUCCAGAUGGAGGGAAUGGCGAGGGCAAAGGCCCUGAGGCAAGAAAAUGCUGGGAGUGUUUGAAACCAGCAGGGAGCCAGUGUGGCUGGAGUGGGGUGAGGAACAGGGGUUGGGGGGCAGUGUCACGAGCACCUCAGAGGCAACCCCAAGCUCUUCUCUCAGUUGCUGGUGGCCCCCUCUACCCAAGCCACCUCCAUCUGCUGUUGCCAUAGCCUGUCACCCGCCCACUUCCCACACACCAUCAGUCACCUGGUCUCCCAGUCACCACCUAAGCAUCUCCUCCUUUUGUGCCCCUUCACCCCUUCAGGGGCUGCCCAGGGCCAGCCAGCUUGCUGAUGGCGGGCAGUACCCCCACAGCCUCUGCUCCUGCCCCCUGCACUUCCACUCACUGGCUUAAACUCCUUCACCCCCAUCACCCUCAGGAUCAAGUCCAGCUCCUGGACCAGCCUUGUCCUCACUGGUCCAGCCUCUAGAGCCUUGCCUCUUCCAUCAUUCCAACCAAAACCCAAAAGGGUUAAAACACAGAGCUGGUGACAGUUUCUGAUCACACAAAGCUAUUUAUCACCUCUGUGCCCCACCUAGUUAAAUCUCCUGCUUUGAAGCACCUCUUCCAGGAAGCCCUCCAAGCCUUGCCCCAGCCUGGUUAUCUCUGGGACCCCAAGCAAACCCCAGUUUCUGCCCACGCCAAGUUGUGUCCCAGUCACCAUGCUUGUGUCAGUCUGCCCCAUGGAGCAGAGUAAAGCUCAUAGCUCUCAGUGACCAGCCUCCAGAGUAAUGGUGCUAACUGGGGGCAGUUUUGCCCCCAGGGGACGUAUGGCAAGGUCUGCAGAUAUAUUUGGUUGCUACAGCCAGUGGGAAGGAGUGACUAGCGCCUAGUAGGCAGAGGCCAGGUGUGCAGCUAAGCAUUCUGCAGCACACAGGGCGGCCACCACCACAAACAUUGCUGGGCCUAAAACGUCACGUUCAUGGUUGAGAAACUGCUCUUCAGUGAUGAACUGUGAACCCGAGGGGCAACCUCAAGCCCAGACGGUCCCAGCAGCACAGGCGCUGCGCACUUUGUGAACGUGAGGGACGGCGGGUUCGCUCUCACCGUGAGGAGAGCCCUGUUGGCAUUUGGUGGGCAGGCGCUAAAAGUGCCAAGAUGUCCUCCCACAACAAAGAAUGGUCACACAGGACUUCAGAAUGUGCCGCUAGACCUUCAUAUAUAGUGAAAAACCUCUCCAUAAUUAGCUGAGCCCAAAACCUGUUUUACACAUAAAACAUUAAGGUUUCAUGUGGCAGAUUUUGCAUGGUUUUCUUACACAUUCUCAGUUGUUCUUUCAACAUCCAUCCAUACUCGGAUCUUCCUGAGCUUUUUGUAAAGAAUGGCUUCCAACCUACUUCUUUUAAACCCAAAUGUAUUCAUUAAAAAUAGAGUUAAGCUUAGGACUAUGUCAUAUCUGCUGUGGGGGUUGUGCCCAAGCAUUAACAUACUUGGGCACUUAACAUACUUCAUAGCACCUUCCAUUCAUUCCUCUUUGACAAUACAAUGUGACAGUAUAAUGAUUUCUUAAAAGCAUGUGCGUAGGUAUGUUAAAUUUCU